AUGUUCACCAAUUCGUCUGAGAGGACUGUGACCGCCGGCCCCGAUGCACCACCGGCCAACGUCCAAAGCCCCUUAUCCGGUGCGCAUCACUACGUAUCAAUCAAGCUCACGUACCGCAACUUCUUGUUUUGGAGAACCCAGUUGGUGCCGUUCCUUCGUGGGCAAGAACUUCUUGGCUUCAUCGAUGGUGAGACGCCAUGCCCGCCGCCGACCAUUGACGCUACCCCGGCUUCCAGCGAUUCGAACUCUGCUGCAACCACCGACGCCCCGACGCCGAACCCGGCUUACAAAGCUUGGAUAAAACAAGAUCAAUCCAUCUUGUCGCUGCUCAUUUCUUCCCUCUCGGAUGAAGUGAUGCAUCUUGCAGUUGGCAAGACCACGUCCAAGGCAGUUUGGGAAUCUAUCACGGCGGCACUCGGAAGUUCCACUCGUGCCUCAGUGCCUAAGCCUCCUCGGCCAGUUCCAUUCUCUGCGGAAUACCGAGCCAUGGCCUCAUCCCUCACGGCGGCAGGUAUACCCGUCACUAUUCCACAGAUUUCCGAUUACCUUCAAGCGCAGGAGUUUAUACACGCCGGGGACUACCCGGCUGGAUCUGAUGGUGGAAUUGUAGCUGCUCCGGCGGCGCUGUAUGCCGGUCGCGGAAGACGCGACACUAGUGACGGCGGCCGGAAUGGACAGGGUCGCGGACGCGGUGGCCGGGGCGGUCAAGGUCGUGGACGCGGUGGCCGUAAGUGCGUAGCGCUGUCAGAUAUGUAG